ACAGCUCUAAAGAUUAGGGCCUAAGAGCAGUAACUAUAUUUCCCGGGAAAGAACUCAAAAACCAGAAAUCCCCCCCAAAGAAAGCAUGGAAAUGAGAGCAAAAGAAGACAUCCAAGUAUCAGAAGACAUAACACCACCAUUACCACCUUUAGCUUUCUCUCUCUACAACUCUUCUCUCUCCUCUCACUGCUCCUCCUGCUCCCUUCCUCUCUCCACCACCACCAAUACCACCGCAACCUUCAUCAACUACUGCUCUAAUGGCGGCUGCUCCUCCACCAUUGACGCAUCUCUCCACUACUCCUCCGCCGAACACCACCUUCUCUCUCUCCUCCACUCCAACCCUUCUCUCUUCCCUCACUCCGACUCCUCCGACCUCCGACUCUCUCUCCGCCUCCUCCACCUCCUCCCUUCUCACUCCCACUCUCUCUCUCCUCGCCUCCUCGGUGUCCUCACUAAUCGAGAUCAAUUUCGGGAUUCAGCUAGGGUUAGGGUUGGAGCUAGGGUUAUGGCCAUGGCGCGGGCAAUCAGGGAUAAAGGAGACUCCGAUUUUGAUAGUUGUGAGUUGGAGGAGGCUGUUUUGUGUUUGGUGAUUACUAAUGCUGUUGAAAUUCAUUUUAAUGGUGUUAGGGUUGGAAUUGGGGUUUAUGAUUGCCGCUUCUCUUGGAUUAAUCAUAGCUGUUCUCCAAAUUCUUGUUUUCGGUUUGUUCCGAUUUUGGAUGAUGAUUCUUUGGUGUCGUCCACGGCAAUGCGGAUUUCCCCUUGUGGUGAUGCAGCUAAUAUGGAAGGUAGAGGUGGUAGUACUGAUAAUUUGGCUAAAGGAGUUGGGAAUUAUGGUCCAAGAAUAAUUGUUAGAAGUAUUAAGGGAAUUCAAAGAGGAGAGGAGGUGACGAUUACAUAUACCGAUUUGUUGAAGCCUACGGCGCUGAGGCAAUCAGAGUUGUUGCUGGAAUACAAAUUUGUGUGUAGUUGUAAACGGUGUAGCGCAGUACCUCAAGAUUAUGUUGAUCAUGCUCUGCAGGAGAUGUUUUGUGCCAAUUUUACCAGAGGUUGCUCAAAAACUCUGGACAAUGAUUAUAAGGAUCAAGUGGUUGAAUUGUUGAGUGAUAUGUUGGAUAGUACUAUAGAGGAGUAUAUGGAGGUAGGUGAUCCUGUAUCAUGCUGUGAGAAGCUUGAAGGACUCUUUUCUGAAGGCCUGUUAAAUCAACAUUUGGGGCAAGCUAAAGGAGAUGUUGCUAUAGAUGUCAAGUUGUCUCCCUUUCAUUAUCUCUCUUUGAACGCAUACACUACAUUGAUUUCUACAUACAACAUGCGUGCUAAUUUUAGUGGCGAAAUGGACCACUUGAGCAUUGACAUGAGCAGAACUAGGGCAGCAUACAGCUUGCUGCUUGCUGGUGCAACACACCAUCUUUUUCUGUCUGAGCCAUCUUUGAUUGCUUCUGCUGCAACUUUCUGGAUAGAUGCUGGACAGUCCUUACUAUCUAUUGGCUGUCCAUUUUGGAGUUCUUUUGCAAAUGGCAAGUUGCGAAAUCUUCCAGAUGCUCCUGAAGUUAAUUGCCCUGGCUGUUCCUUGAUGGAUAACUUUAAGUCCCACUACAUUUUUACUCAAACUCAAAAUAAGUAUUUUGAUAACACAACUCAAGUGUUUCACAAAUGUACAUCAAUUAUCACUCCAAAGGUUUGGAGCUUCUUAAUUCAAGGUUGCAAAAACUUGAAAGAUGUUAAAGAUCCCAUUGAUUUCAGCUGGAUUCAAGUUAAGAGGACUUUUGAGUAUACUUGGUCACAGCAAGCUGAGUUCAACUCAUGUCAUGGAAGUGAGAAUGGAGAUCUUAGCAAAUGUGUAUCGGGCGACGAGUCCAUAGAUGUAAGGACAGCUACCUAUCAACUAGGUGUGCAUUGUUUGUUGUAUGGUGGCUUUUUGUCAAGCAUUUGCUAUGGUCAUUCAUAUAACACUCAAUUGAUACGAAAUGUGAUUUAUAUAUGAUCAUUUGAUUUCAAAGCCAGUUAUACGUAUGACUACAGUGGAAUACAUUGAGCAUUUUUGGAAAGUUGAUUGAGAUUACAAGAACACUUCAGUCAUGAUUCCAAACAUUGUACCCAAUUUUUUGGUUGAAUCGACAAUAUGCUUUGACAUAGGCCAGCCAAAGCAAAUCACAUUCGAGAAUCUUUUUGUUGGAGCUUUAGACUAAAUUUUUUGUUCAGUUAUUAUUCGAAUUCGAUUCCUCAUUUGGAUCAAAUUGAAUAAUGAGACAAUCUUCAUUGUGUCAUACUAUUUCAAGUCAGGGAUUGGCGGAUGCAUGACACAUUUGACACGUGGCCUGGGGAAUUACUAGAACAUUGAGCCGAUGUUGGUCAAAUACUCCUUUGUGCCUUUGUCAUCUUUUAUAAGGAUUUGGCAUAAUUCAUACAGAGAUUCUAUAUGUUAACUGUCAAGUAAAAUCAGGGAUUCAGGGCAGGAAUGAUCAAAUUCAGAACUUCAAAGGAGCUGUGGAUUUGUGUGGUUUCUGUGAGGUACAAUCUACUGCAUAUGCUUUCACUUAUGAUAACGGUCUGCAAAAGUGUGCUAACUUCAUGGUGAGUGUGUAUGUGUAGUGUGUUGGGAUGACCCAUAGGGUGGAUAUUAUGCUCUAUUGUGCUGUCCUCUAGCUGUAGCAAACUAGCAAUUUGGGAAGCUGGUGUCUGUUAGAGGUCUUUCAGGAAUUAGAGUAGGUGUUACAUUGGGCCGUUAGGGGAGCUUGUUGCAAGGGUGUUAGAGAGCAUGAUUGGCACACCCCCUCCGCUACUGCUGCUUAUAAUAAGCUUAUUGUUGACAUGAUCUCAACAAAACCUUCUUUGCAACUACCUGUUAUUCAGCAGUUCUGCAGUGCUGGUCUGCCCCACCUGUGGGUAGAGUCAAGGGUAACGUUAAUGGUUAUUUACUCAGCUCAGUUGGAGUGAAUAUUGGUGUCGUACUCCAGGAUGGUAGCGAGGCAGCUCUGUGUGCUUAGUGUGCAAAUUUGAGAAGCCAAGACAGUCUUGGUGAGCAUUAAACUAGCAGAUGAGUUUGGUUAUCAAGUAGUGAAGUACUGGUAAAAGCAAUCAACAACUGAGAAGCUGAAAUUGCUCAUUCCAUCUUAUGUAUGAUGUUCAUUUUGAUAUGCUUAGUUAUCUUGGAUUUUUGUAAGAUGGAAGGGCAAUAUAGUUGCCUAUGAGUUAGCUUGUAUAUUUUCGUGGGAGAUAGGUAGAUGACUAGAUGGUACUCCGUAGUUGUUUAAGGAUUUUCCCACGUCGGUUUGUGUUCUUUUAUCAUAUGAUGUGCUAAUAAGUAUGAAUAAUUUUUGUCCUAGGAAGGCUUCUUUUGUAUAUAAACAAUAUUGAAUCCAAUAUUAGUAAAUAAUUUAAGAUCGAAAUUUGUACAAACAAUGCAAAAGUUAAUUGUUAAAAGUUUUACAAAAUAGCUGUGAAAUAAACUAGUAGUACUAGUAAUAAUGUUACUGAAAAAAGCAAUUGUAAUUGGGCCUCUUUGUAUGUGUUGUAAUUCUGU